AUGACAGAUAUGGAGAUACAGCGGCUGUUUGGCGUCCAGAAUUUUGCGGAUGGUAAGGGUCUUCUUUCAUCCUGAAACCGUCAAAACAGUGAUUCAUUUAUAUGCGAAGAUUUCGAAGUAAAUUAAGGAAGUUUUGUCAUGUAAGCUCAACUCUCGCUAGUUCUUACGAUUCUGUUUUUAUGACAGAUUAUUUUAUAUUUUAUUUAGAGAACGUCCUCAAUAGGGAUAACCUCAGACGUCUACUUGUGUGUUUUUGUUCACGAUAAACAUUAUGAUUUGAUUGGAUUUAAAUAUAACCUCGUGAUAAAGAGCAGUUUUUAACUUUCAAAAAAAAAUCAAUUCAAGCAAUAUUUUCUUGCGGUCUUUGCACAAUAAAUUUUACAAAGUGUAAUGUAAAAGAGCGCAACCAAUUUCCGAAACGUUCAGCUUUAUCUUUCAGUACCUGAAUAUGAGGUAACCGCGCCCUAUCAGUCAAAUCAAAAUGGCGACUUCGUGACACAUACACUUCACGAGAGACACAAGCGCGAUGCUCACGCGGGGGAAGAUUGGCACUACAAAAUGGACGCUUUUGGGAGCAAAAUGCAUUUGAAACUAGCAAGAAACACGCAAUUGGUGAAACCUGGCCUGGAGCUUGAGACGCGACAUGAUAACGGUGACGUCACAAGGACGCCUGUCCAGUCCGACUCAUUUUUUCAUGGAAGAGAAAUUUCUGAUCCAAACUCUUUUGUGGCUUUGAGCAAUGCAAGAGGACUGGUUAGUGAUUACUGAGCAAUACUAUUGUAAGAACGGUAAAAGCUUUUCUUUACUGUUUGAUUUUUGUCCCGCUUCGCAGUUAACAUUAAAUAUUAAUUAAAAGACGUAAAUAUGAAAGCGAUAUUCGCAGUGAAUGAACACUACUUAAGCAGCAGUGAAAAUGAGGCCUGAAAAAAAAAAUUUAUGCCUGUACGGGACUGUGAAUAUAUGAUCGCUUUCAUAUUCACAAUUAACAUUAUUCACCAAGGAUAGGAAAUUUCCACCACCCCCUCGGACAAUUCCUAUAGAAAAUAAAUUGGGCCAUGUUCAUUCAGUUUAAGAGAUUUACAGCGCUGAAACUGUGAUUGGGGUCACUUAAACAAAUCUAAUUUAUUGCAUCAUGGGAAUCGGGGAACGAUUCCUGUUAAGAGACCAAUCAAUAUUGAUCGCCUGGGGGUUGAAGGAGUUUGCUUGUGUCCCGAUAAAAUUCACGUGAUCCUCCCAUAAUGCCAUGACCCUCCUCCUCCCCCCCCCCCCCCCCCUUCACUCCUUGGUAGUUAAUUGGCAGUCAAUUUUCUAAAAACUAUGUUAUCCCUCCGAAUUCCCUCCCCCCUCCUCUCUCCAGCUCCCCAAGCAAUAAACAAUGACACGUCCCUAAAUUCACGGUGAUGCUCAUGUGUAAUAAGACCGUGAGGUAUCCCUUGUGGAAACCCUCAUUUUAUCUUGCAGACAGGAAUGAUAUCUUUAUCGAAUGAUACGUUCUUCAUCCAUCCACUUCCUAACCAUCUGGCAAAACACGUGACUAUCAGGAACGCCGCCAAGCCACACCUUGUUUACAGAAAAUCAGCAACAUCCCUACACUGCCUUGAUUCAUCAGGUAUGCGCAGGCCUUUUAGCCCCAACAUGUUGGAAAGUGUGGUUCGUUUCCUUUGAUGUUUAUUGGUUGAAAAAUUCAGUCUUCGAAUUUAGAAAUUUUUUGGCAGACAGAAAACUACUCGGUUAUACGGAGCGCGCUCAAUCGUCUUUAAUAGAGUUUUAAGGUGGGUGUGUUAAAAUUGACUACCAAUGAGAAUGUAUCGUGAAAACAUUACACAGCUUAAUGGGGAGAUCAUGUAAUCUCAUCGUGAUUUGACCAGAAACCUCCGACUUCCGCCCCGCCCGCAACCCCCCUCCUCGUCUUCCGGACGAAAAAUAAUGACUUUUCUCUUCUAUGUUCUCUGAACAUUGCAGGUGUUGCUUCGAGCUCCACAGAAUCAGGCAAGAAUUACGACAUAUUUAGUAGAACUUCACCUACGGAACUCGUCGCCCACAAGUACUUGCAGGCUGCACUGGUAGCGGAUGAGAAUGUGGAAGCUAGACAUGGAAACGAGACCGCGCACUUUUUGUUAGUUUUGGCUAACAUAGUGAGUGUAGCUCAACCGCUUCACCAAGCAACCGAGCCUUUCUUUGACAUAAAAUAUCUCACGCGUUUUUCUACUCAAAAUGUUACAAAAGCAUUUCCUCAAAAUUCCAUGCAGGCUUGCAUAUGAGAAUAUACAUGGUCAUCCAACUAGUAAACCUAGUCGCAAACUCGUGUCUAUGGUAACGACUUGGCCUGGUUGCCUUCGAUAUGCUUUCUUAAAAGAAGUAAUCACCUGUUUCUGGUUUCGUUUAGGUAAACCGUGUUUUAAUGAUGUACUUAAAUUCAAUCAAGGACUUCCUCAAGUUGUCAAGAUACUUGUUACUAUGGCACCAAAGAUGUACCUAUUUUUUUGCCCUUUUUUUCAUGUAUUGCUUAUCCUUUCAGUUAUUUUAAUGUUUUACAGGUUUCUGGAUCGUUCCGCGACAAUUCCAUCGGGAAAAUUAAAAUUAAUUUUCUUAUCAGCCGUCUUGUCAUUAUUACUAACAAAGAGGUAAGUUCAUUUUCAUAGUGCAGUGCGGCGCCAUCAGUUAAUAAGAGGUACUCUUGGGUAGCUUGAUUAUCCCUUACACCCUUGAAGAGUGACUAGCAUCUAAUUUCUCCUUUCGAUACCACAAUGAAUCACUCAUUAAGGUUAUGAGAAUAAAGGAAAUGAUCACCAACUAAAGAAACUUUUGAGUGUUAUACAAAUUCUCCUUGUCAGCACCCUAGAAAAUGUAUAGAGAACAGUAUGGAGAAUGUGCAUACCGAUAUUAGGAUGUAAAGGGUUAAAAGCACCCCUCGAGAGUUUUGACCAAAUCUAACUUAAAACUUAACCUGCAUAAGAAUGUUGAAAUACAGAAUAAAAAAAACAACGCCAACAACUCUAUGAUUCUUUACAAUUACUAAAAACAAACACCAUAUUUGGUCAAAUAAUAAAGAAAAUAAAGGAAGGCUUCUCAUCAAGAUGAUAAAUAAGACUUAAUUAAUAGCUACAUUUGGUGUAGCACAAUUGAUCAAGAGGCAGAAAUAUCUUUUAGCUGGGAGUUAGCCAGGGUUCUUCAUCGGGAGAAAAGUUGGACGAAAUCAGGCAAUGGGCAAACAGAAUCAAACCAGCCGAUCGGAGCGAUCCUCUGUUUUUCGACGUGACAUCACUUGUCCAUGUGUAAGUGAAACAUUUAUUGAUCAUAUUUCCCCGUACUUUUUGCGACCGAAAUUUUGAAGCAGUUCGAGCUUUCUUAUCAAUUCUUCUUCGAAGACAGACUUAUUUUUUAUAACUGGUGGUUUUCGAUAAAAUCCAAUCCCGUUGUCCCGAUCACUUCUACUGCCACAGCCGAAAACUACGCAAUGGACCAUCUCUACUUUCUCACUUUCAUCUUACUAUCAGCAUUAGUUAUAAGUAACUAUUUGUUUGGGCACCAACAUGGCGGAUAGCAACCGUCGUCAAGACAAAAGUCACGUGGGUGAAAACCAAGAAUUGAAUGCGCUCAUUGCUUUUGUUUCUUCUUUGUCAGGGGAGGGGGGGGGACUUUUCUCUCAGUUAAGUAAACUUGAGUAAAUAAAUUAUGAUGAAAUAAAGCUGACCAUUAACUCAACUAGUCUAGGACAAACAUUUUAGGCCGGUUAUUUACACGACGUCCAACCCAAACCACGGUUUCACGCAAUCAGUGGGCCCCGGGCUUUCUCUUUGCUUUCUCUAGAGCGUUAAUUUAAUGAAACAAAUGUCCUUCCACUGCUAGCUUACGGCCAUCUUAAUACUGUUCACAAAAAUAAAUAUCAGAUAAAAGGUUCAGCUAAAUUGAGGAUUGUUUAGGACGCGGUUUUGCUAGACAAAGGCUUAACUUUCUUUAAAAAAACCGCCCUUUGUUUACCAUAAGAAAGAAAACUUGAGAAAUACAAGGCUUAGGAACUAGGUUGUCUGUCUCUCAUUAUUAAUGUUUUUCUAGAAAUAGUAUGCUUUUAAAUAUAUCGGAGAAACUUUUUUAUACCAGAAAACUGAACUCUUUACACAAUGAUUGGUAACAAGUUUCACAGUUUUAGAUAUGAUUCCAGGUUUUAAUAUGAUUUUGUGUUGGUCUCUCUUUUCCCACUCAUUUUACCUAUUUGUAAUUCCUUGGAAAGUGGAGGAUUUGGAGGUAGGUUAUUUUUUUUUUUUAUACUUGCUCAUUUGUUAUUCUUUCUUUGAUAUAAUUGAUAUUGAAUGAAUAUGAAAUUCCAAAUUAUUUAUUUCGCCGUCGAAGUGAUGCCAAUAGCUCGUAAAUGUUAUUGUGGGUAUCUGCAAAUCAUGACAUAUUCGGUCUGAAAUAUGUACGUGUGCUGGUUAUUUACUUAUGGGAAUGGCCACAUUUGGGGGUGUGUGAAAAUCAUUUCCCUCGUAUUCGAUUUGGAUGCUACUGCUAAGUCUGAUAACACGAUGUAAUUAUUUGGGUAGCAAGGAGAACGCAUGUAUCGUGUUCUGAAAAAACAACUGCUAGUUGUUUCCUUGAAGAUUUAAAAAACUGUGGUGCUGCAAGCGUUAGCCCUUCUUCGUUGCUCUGAUAAAGGGCUAACGCUCGAAACGUCAGAUUCAAAAACUCUUUACGGUGGCCAAUUUAAAUUAUCAACUCAGUUGAUAAAACCAAAUCAGUCUUAUUUCCUAAAAGGUUUAGCCGUAUUUGGAGGCGUGUGCUCGAGCAGAGUCACUGGUAACGUCAAUAGUUAUGCUGGUCUGCAAACAGCCGGGAUUAUUGCACACGAAGUUGGACACAAGUGAGCGAAUUAUAUUUUGAUUAACCAGACAAAUGUGUGAACGAUUCAGAAACAAAAAAAAAUCCAUUACCUAUUAUUCUGAGUUCUAAACUUAAACAUAGAUUAAGCAAAGUGAGACAGCACUGUAGCAGAUACCUUGUUUGAAAUGGUUGAUAUCAGGUCCUUUCUGGUGGUGUGGCCGCUUAACAAAUCGCUGUGGUUUAGCUCUUAUCGACAACUAUAUUCGUCGUCACAGCGGUUAAAAUAUUGUGGAUCAUUAGGAGCAGCCGAGUGAAUCCGCAACAAAUCUUGACUCCUUUGAUGGCGAAUAUCGUUGUCGAUAAGAGUAAGGAUCACGCUAAACAACUGUCUAUUUGUUUUUUACCACAACAUCGAUGUCAAGUAAUCCGAGUGAAUCACCCAUGCUUGACAGCUAAUAUAGGCAUUGCGUGACACGUUGACGCGAGUAGCAUUGUCCGUACUCUUACCGAUAACCGCAAAUUGGCCAAUCAGAUUGCGACAUCACUGCCAAUUGUGGGAAGAUAUUCCAUCGACAAACCUGUAACGGAAUUUCACUCAUGCAAACGGCGCUUGUGGCUUUGCUGAUCCAAGUGAUCAUUACGGAAUGUGUGUCGCGAAAUUCAAUGUCUGUGGUUUAACACCACCAAGCGCACUUACGGUUUGUUUUCUUUGUCUCACGUCGGGACCCCAUUAUCCGGAGCUUCCAUCUUCCAUACUUACCCUCUGAAUCAACCCUGUCCCGUAUCUUUUUAUUUUUAGAAGCCUCCCUCGGGGUUUCUCGCGGGUGUUUACAUAAUAGCCAAUCAUAAGAGAGCUGUGGUCCUCUAUUGUUUAUGUCACAUGCAGGCCACACGAAAGUACUUCAAUAAUAGCGAAAAGCAAGGAAAAUUUACCACUUUUUUAGGGUGUUGUGCAAACGUCAGCGUGUUUUCGCGGGAAAUCAAAGAACCCCUCCACAUAUCUCAGUUCUAAAAAUAAAAAAGAUACGGCAUAGGGUUGUCUCAAGGGUAUAAUUGGUAUGGAGGCUACGAGUAAUAGGCUCCUGCCCACGCUCGUAACAGAGGGAAUAACGUUUCUCUUUUCUGAAUUACGAUCACCAGUAUCGGUGUGGACCAUGAUGGAGGAAACAACUGCACCGCUGGCGUAAACAUCAUGGCUCCUGUGCUGCCAGGAGGACAAGGUGCCUUGAAAUGGUCACCAUGCAGCCAAAAAGUGCUUCAAGGGUUUCUCAGGUCAGGAGUGAUAUAAAUAAUUAAAACAGGAAAAAUCUGCAGCAGAGGAAAAUUUCAGAUUAAAUGCAUCAGGCACAACAUGAUUAAGGAAAUGCCAUUUGUGAAGAAUCACAGCCCAAGGCACUUGCGUGUUUGCAAUGACUUCCACUGGCUCCUUUGAUUUUUUUCCUUCAAUGCAAUUCGUUUUUCAAUUAUCACAUUGGUUUCGAUUCAGAGAAGUAUAAUGACUCGCAUCGCACACUAAGAUCUUCAAACAACAGGUUGCUUGAUGAGCGUAGAGCGAAUCUUAAAGCGUGUGGUGAAAGGGCUUUUUCCGUGGCGGUACCAAGGCUCUGGAAUAAACUACCACUCCAGAUCAGGCUUUCAUCAUCAGAGGCAGUUUUUAAGGCUAAUCUUAAGACUUAUCUUUUUAAGCCUGCAUUUGAUUUGUAGUUUUUACUUGUAGUUAUAGUCUAUUUAAUUCUUAGGAUUUUAAUUUUUACGGUGUUUAGAGUAUUGUAAAUCGUCAUGGACAAUUAAUGGAAGAUGGCGCUAUAUAAAUGUAUUUAAUUUAAUUUAAUUUAAUUUAAUUUUGUAACACCCGUUCAUAAUUCGCUCUUAUGCGGGUUUUAAUGGGAUCACUGCAUGCCACAGACCAUAAUAUGUUCCUUCUACAGUGGACCUGGUUCCAAAUGUUUAGAUGAUCCUCCAAGGAUAUCUCUUCCUGGCUUUAACUACUCGGCUAAAGCGGACAGAAACCUUCCUGGCGUUUUGUUUGACGGAGAUACUCAGUGUGAAUUUCUUUAUGGCGUUGGAUGGCGACAUUGUUCUUUUGAGAAGGCAAGGUUUCUAUAAAUGUUAUGGAAAUUUACUAAGCAAAAUUUCACAAAUUAAUUUCACCGAAGUGGAAGUGACUGGUGGCUGAUAUUUGAAACUAAUGUCCUUCAUUAUAUUUCAGACAAACUGUGGCUCUUUGUACUGUUCAAGAUCAUACGGCAGUUGCAACAGUAAGCUUGCUCCCCCGGCGGACGGUACAAAUUGUGGACCACGCCAUGUAUGUCGACUUGAUCUGCACACGAUUGCGUACUAACUCUAGCUUUUGUUACAUCGAUAUCAUGAAGGUUUAUGCCUUUUUUUCAAGGCACGAAAUUUCUGUUAUGUAUUCCUCUUACUAAUUUAGCUAGUACAACACGGUUUUUUCUCUAGCAUCAAUCAAUAAUACACACAAAAAACAAGCAUCAUAAAAUUUAUUGGAUUAGAAUUGCUAUGUUUAAAGUGUGAUGUUAUGUUCAAUUGCUGAUUUCCCGUAACUGCUGAAAACACACCCCUGUGGGGAUCGUUUUUUAAUUAUAACUACGGAGGGUAAUCAUAGUUGGCUCGCUUGUAACAAUAUUAGACAUAUUUAAAUUGUUGAAAUCCAAAUUCAAUUCAAAAAAAGGGAAAGAAAAGACGCUAAUGAACAACUUUGAUCAGUUUUGCAUCGCGUUGGUUGAGAGGGUUUUAAGACCAAUCCGAUAGAACAGAGUAGAACACAACAAACCAAUCCCAAGUAGCUUUAGAAGUUUUAUUUAAAACUACCUCAACAUAUCUCCAUUCCAUUCCAUAGUGGUGCAUCAAGGGCAAGUGCGUUGAUAAUGGUUUGCCCAGAAUUAAUGGUGGAUGGGGUGAGUGGUCAGAAUACAGUUCUUGCAGUCAGACAUGCGGAGGAGGGGUACAGUACAGAACCAGGGCCUGCACUAAUCCACCGUAAGCGUUUUCUUCAAAGGAAGCUGAUACAAAACUAUUUCUUUCGGCGUAUAGUCGAGAUGUUGAGCCAUAUUUUAAUGUUAUUUAGGAGGCGAUGAAUAACAGCAUAAGGGAUUUCAAUUCUAACUGCAGCCUUGUUGACACAGCAAAUUUUUCGAACAUGAGAAACGUAUGCCUUUUAGUCCAUAGUCCACUGAGCGUGUUUACAAUUCGAGCUCCACUGAUCAACCAACUGAUAGACUGCGACUGACCGAUUGACAGACUGACUGACUGACUACCCACCUAACUGAUUGACAGAAUGAUUGACUGAUAUAUUGACCGACUGACUGAUUGAUAGACUAACUGGUAUUUUGGUGUUGAAAACGUAAAAAGGCCACCGUAAAGAGUUGACGUUUCGAGCGUUAGUCCUUUAUCUGAUGUAUAGACUGCCUGACUGGUUGACAGACUGACUGACUGACUGACUGACGGAAGGACUGAUAGACUGACUGACUGACUGACUCACAGCUUUUUGAUAAUAAACGCAAAUAUUCUUUGCAGACCUGAAAAUGGCGGUGAGAACUGCUUGGGAUCUGCAAGAGGAAAAUGGAAAAUAUGCAACUCGCAGGUUUGUUUCGAUCAUAAGAAAAUUAAUUUGAUAAUAAAAAAUGUUAUCGCAGUAUAUCACUAUUAGCUAAAAAAUGUUGUGAAGAAAGAUGAUGAAAUUAUUUUUCGACGAGCAUGAGACAAAAAAAAAGGGUUCCGGGGUCCUGACAGAAAAACGCAGGAAUGACUUGCGUGUUGCAGGUUAUACCUCUGAGAAUUUUUUAUUGUAUCAACUAAUAAACCCUUAAUUGAUGUUUUUCUUUAUUCUCAUCACUCGUCUGCCUGAAAUUGUAUUUAUUUUGUAAGGAGAAAUUCUGUCUUGGUCACUCAUGGGUAUACGAUGAUACGCCUAAAUCAGCUCAUGCUUGAAAACCCCUCAUGGCAUGGGAAAUCAAAAGAAACAGUUUAUCAAUGAGACUGUGGUGAAAUGACCCCAAGUUCUUCGUUUCAGAUUGAGUGCCCUUUGCCAUCUUAUCGAGAUCUACAAUGUAUGGAGAAACACCCGGAGAGGAGGGCCUAUUACAUUUCAAGUACAGUUCAAACAAAUCUGCUGAUUCAUUUGCCUCGUUCUUUGGCGGGGAUAAGUCCCUUGAGGUUGAGUGGCUGGGGGGUUCCCCCACCCCUCAUAUAAGUUAGUUACGUAUGUAUGUGCAGCCCUCAGAGGGUAUCAUUGGUCUUUGCGCCACUUCGAUCUGAAAACGAGUACAGAUUUCGACGAUUAUGGUCUAAAGACGAGUGUGGUUCUGAGUGCGACUGUGUGAACAUACUCGUUUUUAACUCGUGAAUUGCGCGCAUGCACAAGAGCGAGUUGUAGAUAUGAUGUGGAGAAUGGCUCUCACUCGCUCGCUCGCUCGCUCACUCGCUCGAUUGGUCGAUUCCUGUAAACUUUUUUUCGGCCUUAGGCUUUUGAGUGCAUUUGAUAGUUUUUGGCGAGCAAUAAACAAACGAAAUGGCGACCUUUGUUUCUAAGAAUAGUGGUGGGGUGAAAAAGAAGCCAGUGAUAAUCUUAAAAGAGUUUUUUUUUUCGUUUUAGUUUCAACAAGCGGCGCCAGUAACUGGCAGGCAUGCAAGGAUUCACACUGAAAUAACUGAACAACCUUCGUUUUUCAUAAAAUUGUAAUUUACAAUUCUUGAACUUGGAAACAAUUCGAAGAUUCAUUGAAAAUAUCACUUACUGCGAAGUGCUCGGAGUUUACAGAUGUUCAAAAGCUUUUUCUGUUAUGGCGUGAGAUUUAGGACAAAAUCGAUCAUUACGUUUCGUAUCGUGUGUUUUUCCUGUGUGAAGCAACAGAAGAUACCGGCGACCAACGAAAUUACAAGCAAACAGGAAAUUCAAGUAACACCUAAACAAACAAUUUUGGCUACCGAUUUUCAGUGAAUUUUUAAAGAAAAAUUUUCUUUUAAGUUUCAAGACAAUUUGAAGAUUCAAAAUAAAUAUUACGUACUAAAAUGCGAAAGUUAUACACUACAAAAUUGAUAAAUAGGCCUGAAAUGAAAUUCUAUCUUGUUCUGGAUUACACGUUGCCUAGCACGUGACUAAAAUCUACCCAGGCGGAGAUCCAAAAUGACGGUGGCAGUCUUGGCUUAGUUAUAUCACUCAAAACUAGUUCCCGUUUGUCUCAUUUGAUAAAAAGGGAAUCGUCAAUGUUUUCAUCAAGACAGUAUUGCCUUGAUUUUCUAAUAUUUACAAUGAUAGACAGUAAAUUUCACUUUUCACCCACAUUUACUUCCAACCUUUUCUUUUGAACCAGAUGCGAAAAUGAUAUAAGUUGACAUCAUCACUUGACAUCAUCCACCCUUGUCAAAUGUAAUAGCAUGAUCAUUUCAAUCGUAAUGCAUUCUUAUCCCAACGUUACUUUGUUUCUUUGCUACAUUAGCGAACACUGAACUACUGCUCGUACUCUAGAUACAACAAUCAACCACAAAAUUCCCUAAACCAGAUAACAUUAAACAUAAUCCAAAAAAUCAUGUGUCAAUUCACGAGUUUGCGCACCGAGCACUUUGAUUUAUAGAACGAGUAGGAGGUAUAGCCGAGAUAUAUUACUCAAUCUUUAUUUCCGAGUUAGGUUUACCAAUCCUUGCCUUCGGCGCUGAUGCGAAUUUUACAUUCGCUGCAACGAAGAGUAAGAAGUACAAAUUUCAGAAGCUAAAAAAGCCUAUGGAUUUUACAGGGCCAAGUAUGAAAAUGGGUGCGUGGUCGUAACAUGGUCGCUUUGAGAACUCGGCAUCACGCCCCUAUAAAGAAUCUUGAAGGGCCUCUCCUACCCCCGGGGAGAUGAAAAUAAGGUGUGUCACUCUCUUCAAAAGGGCAGGAUGGGAGGGAUGAAAGAGGGCUGGUCGAUUAUGAAAGCAAACUGCAUUUAGUUCUACAUUAAAUUAGUCACUUUCAUCAAGCCCUAGGGUUUCAAAAUAUCUUUGUCACGGCUUGUCAUUCUCGAAAAUGGCCCACUUGAUUUUCACCUCAAUUUCAAUUUACACGUUGAGGAUCUUCUCGAAGAGGACGGCUAAAAAGUAUAACUCUUCUUUUUUUUUUUUAUUAUUAUUUUUUUAUUUUUGUGUAGAUCCUUGUAGGCUUGCCUGCAUUCAAAAGAAUUUAGUAAGACUUUAUGGCUCAGUAGCUGAUGGAACACGAUGCACUGACCAUCCUGAAAUCUUUGACGUAUGUAUCGAAGGAAAAUGUCGGGUGAGUCGUUUUGUAAUUACAUACUUGUCAGAUGUUUGGAAAAAAGUACGAUUGUUUAUUUGCGCAUCGAUAGUUUCUUGCAGUUAGUUUGUAGAUCUCUGUUUCUCGAUAUAAGCAAACGGUAAUGUCAUUACUGCUCCUUGAAAGCCAUGUGAAGAUAAGCUUAUCGGUGUGUACUUUUUCUGGGGAAAAAUUAUGCGCGGCUUAGGUCAAUCAAAACUCUAACAAAAUUCUCGAAUGUGAUUGGCUAUCACCAGCCCAGUUUUAGAACUGAUAAGACAUUACACGCGUCGUAUACUUGUUAUAGGACAAUGGAAGUGGACAGUACGCGUUUUGUGCGCGCGUUAUUUUCGCUCAUUUUGCCGAGUUAACUCUUAUUUUGUCAUGAAAACGUAUCACCGAUAUCUAGUUUUGUCAUGUUUUGAUUAAUUGGGAAGAGGACUUCGUGCCGUCUAAAUCUGUCUGUUAUCACACUUGUGACUGACAAAUCGGACUCCCGCUUUACAUUCGUCCGAUUUUGAUAAUCCCUGAUUACCGACCGAAUUGGACUCUGCUCAGUCCUAUUACUAUCAUGUUAAUAAGUUAUAUACAGCACAGAAAUCGUGUCUUUUUUUUAUGGAAAUUGUAUUAAGAUUUUCGAACUAUUCAGCUCUGGUCACCAAUAAUUGAUUAUGCGUGACGCCAUCCAUGACAUUUCCUGAACGUGUCAUGAACAUGUCAUGUCACGGCAUGACAUGUCUGCUUAUGACUUAAAACCGGCCACGGUUUUUCUCAAAGGUUGUUGGCUGCGACCAUGGUUUCGAGUCUGGAGCGAAGAAAGAUCGCUGUGGAGUUUGUGGUGGUGUCGGAGACACGUGCAUUUUGGUGAAUUCUACGUACACGAAAUUUCACACGGGAUACGGUAAGAACAUAACAUGACUUUAGCGAACUAUCUUAGAUGACGUAAGCGUGCUGACUUAUAGGACGUCAGUGAACUGAAGUAUAAGACUUAAUCGUUAUUUCUUGAGAAUUUGUCGAACCGACCUGAGACGUUUGUAAGGUAGUCCUCUACCCAGAGUCAGCGGUCGUCUCCCUCAGGAAGACCACUAAUGGGCAAAAAAACCACAAUUCAUUCCUCUUUGAGGCAAAAAAAUGACCGUAACGUGGUUGUUAACAGACUAAGAAAUAUUUGUUUGCCUGUCAGGUUUUGAAAAACCAGACACCAUUAUUGUCUUACCGGUGGGAACAGCCAAUGCUAUUUUUAAGAAGAGAGGAAAAGGUUACAACAUGUUAGGUAUGUUCUCGUUGUUGUUGCUGUUGUUAUUUUUGCAUGUCUCGCAAGAUCCUUCCCUUGGCAAUAGUAGACCCUUCAUUUUCUCCGCAAAUUUUUCUAUCUUACUAAAUGCACGUAAUCAGCAGUGUCCUCCUUUCCUCUAUUGACUAUGGCCGUCUUCAAACCCUAAAAAAAACACACACACACCCACGCAUAAAACCAGAACAAUUUACUGUAACUUUUAUAAUUAGUGUGAAACUCCAUAUCCUGAUUGAACGAAAAUUCUUUCCAACAUGCUGUCUAAAGGUGACCGAAAUUAAAUAGAGAAAAAAAUAAAAUAAUUGAUUUUAAUUUUUCACUGUUUUCCUGAGCUAAGUUGAUCCUUGAAAGGAGAGAAUUAUACCAUUUACUAACUGUAAAUAAUUUCUAGUUUUCUUUAAUAUUUUACAAAGCAUCGAUGUUUCCUUUCUUUGUCAAACAGGAGUUAAAGAUCCUCAUACAGGCGAAUACAUCAUAAAUCUCCCCUCAUGGAGUCGAACUGUUUACUACAAUGGGACAAAAAUUGAAUACGAACAUGAAGACAACAGAUAUGAAGAUUCCAUUUUUGUAGCUGGGCCCACAAAAAUUCCCAUUGAAAUUGUGGUACGAUAAUGUUUCAAUCAAUGAUGUUAUUGCAUUUUGAUAAAAAAAAAAAAAAAAACAAGUUUAACCAGAAGAGUAAUUGGAAACUCUUCAUGUAUUUCUUAGUGAUGAUUCUUAGACGCCAAGGUUAUAAAGCUUAUAAGAUGGUUUUUAACAAGAUCACAGUCAUAUAACAGGCAAAGACAAUUAUUGAUAAUUAUAAUUAAAAACUGUUUGGAAAAUAACCUCACGCUCUUUGCAAGAAGGCACCGAGGAAUCUGCUUGAGACAACAGUGGAAUCGAGCCUGAACAUGUUCAGUAGAUUUACAGUCAACUCUCAACUUUUUAUGGAUUUUGAUAGUUCGACUUAAAUACCGUAUGGAGUUAAACUGUUCAGAUUAAUAGACUUCCUCAUGUUAAAAAAAGAAUGCAUUUUACUGUUCGCUAAAGUUUUGCAUGAGAUAUUCGUAUCUGUGUUAGACUGCAUACAUCAGUCUCUACUGGAUUUUUGUCUUUCCUCUGUUUCUCUUUCUAGUUUGUUUUUCUAUAUGAAAAAAAUCAAGGAGUGGAUUUUCAGUAUUACAGACCACUACUAUCCAACGAAACUGCUCAGAGAGCCUCUUCUAAAUGGGUCAUUGGCAUCUGGUCUGCUUGCUCAAUGACUUGUGGCCAAGGUAUUGUUUCUGGGGUCUCUUGGUCUGUUUGAGCAUUGAGGCAAUUCGGCAUGCGUUUGAUUUCAUUCACCUCGUCCUGUUUCUGUCGUUACGAAAAAUUUAUUUGACGGUUGUUAUUUGCAUUGCGCUAGAAAACACAGGAAUUGUUAAUUAAACUGAAGAUUGGACAAAAGUCUUUUUCUUUUGAUAUCUAAACAAUUUCUUGUGCUCAAAUUUACAUGUUAGCUUGAUAUAUAGUUCUGUGUGUGUAAUCUCGGAGAGCGCGGAAUAAAUUUUCUGAAUUGCACAACGUCGUAAAAAUUAUUAGUAUCUGGCCAAGCAAGAGCACUUAUAGUAAAUAAACACUAAAUCAACAUUUGAUUACAAUUUUGCGCUGAAUUUUAGGUAUCAGAACCCGGGAUCUCAGCUGCGUUCGAUCUGAUGAUGGUACUCCUGCAUCAGUUGACUCCUGUUCCGCCGAAGUCAAACCCGCGUCACACAUUGCCUGUGAUAACCAGAAUGACUGCGCGCCAGAGUAAGUGUUCCCUGUAACGAUUGCUUGCGUCGAUUAUUUCAGUCUGUUUUCUCCGAUUGGUUCCGCUAAGACCUCACAAGACGCGAGACCUUCUCGACCAGAAGGCUGACUUUUUUUCUCGUGUUUUCCCGCGCUUUGGGUCAGUUACAUGACAGAUGGCUCCUACAUCUUGCGUUAAUCCAACCCGUGGCUCAAUAUGUAGCAUUCAAGUUGUGAUAAUCAUAGUCAGAUUCUCUCCAUUUUAAGGUGGCAUCAAACAGAUUGGAACGAGUGCUCCAAAACCUGUGGAAAAGGGAGUCAUUCUCGACUUGUCUACUGUCGAAGAAAAGCUAAUGAAUCUUAUUUCGAGAUAAUCAGCGACUGGCUCUGUGAUGAGAGUGCCAAACCAAACAUUACUCUCGUCCAGCAGUGUAACGAAGUGCCAUGUCCGGCAGAAUGGAGGGGUCUGCCUUGGUCCAAGGUAUAAACAUAUAUAUGAUGCAACGCUUGAUAACUAAUAUUCAUUGAACGAUUUCGUCAAAUAAGGAAUUUCAUAAGGAGAGCUACUGCUUUUUUUUCUUUAUUGAGAUUCUACAUAGAACAACUUCAAUAAGAUAGUUUUGGUAUUCUUAAGUGUUCCAGAACAUGUGGCGGUGGCUUGAUGACAAGGGAGCUGGAGUGCAUCCGGACGGACGAAGCUGGCCAUAUCAUACCGGCUGCGAAAGAACUAUGUCAUCAUGCCAUGAAACCACUCACUGAGGUUGUUUGCAACACAGACAAACACUGCGAUCGUGAGUAAAAAAAAAUCAUUUCUUCUGAUAUCAUUUUUUAUACAGCACGUUGCGUGAAUGAAGAAGAAGCUGGUUAUGAAAAAGUUUCUGAUGUGAUCGUUGUUACGUUGUUGCGAUUUUGGUUUCAUAAGAGUGUUUGAAUGGUCUAUACAAAAAUUAAAAACCGAUCAAUGUGAACAAUUGUGUACCUACCCCUCCCCUAAAGUCAGAUGCUGAUAUUGAUCCAAAAAAGACUACCAUGAACUCGUAAGAAAAUGCCGCCGAUAUUCUUUUUUUUUCUUCCUCAAAGCUCCUCCGGAAAUUCAAGUGGCAUGUUUCUAUGGUGCUGAUAAUCUUCAAGAGGUACUCCAUGAUUUUACCAAAGAAAUUGAGUGGGAAAACACGAGUGCAGUUGUCAAGAAGUGCGCGAAAUUGGCCUAUGGAAGAAAUUAUAAGCUGUUUGCCUUGGGCCAAAGUGGUCUGUGUUUGUCUGGACCGAAUACUAGUGAUAAAUAUUAUGUCAGUGGAACUGGUUGGUCGUACUGUAGAGAUGGUAUUGGCAUGGGAAACAGCAUGUUUGUUUACACCUUAGGUAAGCUUUAGUGGAAUGUUCUAGUCUGUUAAGACAGAGAAAAAUAUCCGCGGAAGGAGCGAGAUUGAAGGUCUAAGCUGGCCAAUUCCGAGGUUACUGUUAAUCAUCUACAGCCGGCAAAUCCAGUGGCGUCGGGAAACGUUGCGAAAAUAUAGUAGAUCCGGACCGCGCUAAGAUCCUAUCAGAUUGCAGGAUUCGUUACCGUACCCUCAGAGAAAAAAAUAACGUAUAAUAAGAGACCUGUCAUAAGUUAUCGCGAGGGGGAGGGGGGGGAGGAGGGGAAGAGUCGGAAGAUUUCAGGGGGUUAACAUGGUUAACAUGGGUCACAAAAAUUUUACACAACGUUGUCGAGAGAGCAGGACAUGACCAAAAUCCUCUGUCCCCACCCCCCCCCUCCCUCCCCAGGCGACAAAUAGUGACUAGUCUCUAAAUACAAAUCAGCAGUAAACAAAAACUUAUUUAACUAAUUCAAAAUAUGGGCUUGAGAGGCAAUGAUGAAGUGAUGGAUGAUAAGCCUAUGGAGAGGUACAAUCUUUGCUAAUCUUUUUUAGAAAUGUAUACCGUGGAGAUAUUUCACUGUUACAUUUGCAGAAAUAUUAACACUCACUAGUGUUAUAACGCUUUCGAAAACUCUCUUCUGUAGAGCCACUACCAAGCUUUCAACCAAUUGGAUGUUACCAUGACAGUAUUACUGAUCGUGCUCUGCCCGUAAAUUACGCCAAUUUCCGAUCACAGAUAAUUUGGACAAAAAUGAAUUUGACGGUAAACCGGUGCGCACGUGUGGCUUUUCACAAAGGUUAUGAGUACUUUAGUGUUCAAUUUUACGGAGAGUGCUUCGGUGGAAAGGAUGCUGGGAAAACUUACUCCAAAUAUGGAAAAAGUGGUCAUUGUUGGUUCUUCAAUAGCCAAAGCGGACAUGCAGUUGGAAGAGAUUUGACCAAUUUUGUAUAUCACAUUCAACAGGUCGGUAUAUUAAAAUAA